GUUUUGGUCAACCUAAAAAAAAAAAAAAAAAAAAAAAAGCCCUAAUUGGGAAAACAAAUGACUCAAACAAGCUUGUGUGUGUCAUCAGUAGUUUAUUUAAAAAUAACUCAAGCUUUUAUCAAAGUUGAAAUUAGGAAGGCAAUGACCCGAGGGACGUCAUGUGACUUCAUGCCGUAAGUAGUUAAUUUGAAAAGUGUGACUCAAGCGGCCUGCAGAUUAGAUAAAAGUCUGCUUUUGCCGACGACGGUGCCGGUAAUCUUCUCAGCGGGCUCGCCGACUCACAACAUCGACAUCUGAACAUUAUCACCGCUUCAUUCAUUCAUUCAUCCAUUCAUUCAUUCAUUCGAGUGACGUGUAUUUGUUUCAUAUUGUUGGUUGGGAGGGUCCAAAUAUUUGGAAACAGCCCUCGGUAAGAUGCCGUGCACGUUUACAACGCAAAUAUUAUCAUCUAUCGCUAACUAUUUUCGUUGGAUUGAACAUUUUAAUUUUCCCGUCACAACUACGCUGCCAACUUGUGAUUGCUCUUUACUGCAUGCAUACAUGGGUGUGUCUUCAAUAUUGACUUUUCUUGUUGUAAGGCAAGGCGGUGUCUUCAUAAUUUCUAUAUCUGCACUUCAUGGAAACUAGAUCGACUCUUUGGACGGUUGGGCGCCUCAAAGUUUUACAGGAGUGGAAAAUAAAUAAGUGGAAAGUAACUUCCUCCACUUGUUUUUCCCUAAACUCCCUAAAAGCUUUAAUGGGACUUGGUCAUGUCAUUUGUCUGUGUGUAAACCUGCUCACCAAUAAAACAAAGAAAAGUCUGUCAGCCUUGGCUGAAGUUUUCAGAGUGCCGUAUUUCCACGACCAUAAGGCGCACUUGAAGGUCUUAAAUCAAGGACUACCGCGGCGCAGCAACCUCCGGCGGAUUACAAGGAAAAGAUGGCCUUCUUCCGCUCCUACUGCAGUCAAAAGAUUGCCGACAAACACAUCCAGCCCAACCGCAUCACCGACACGGACGAGGUGCCGCUCACGUUCCACAUCCCGGUGAACCACACUGUAGAGAAGAAGGAGACCACCACGGUAGCGAUACGCACAACGGGGCACGAGAAGUCAGCUUUUACUUGGUUGCCAUGGUAAUGGACAGAAACUGCCACCGAUGGUGAUUUGUAAGAGGAAGACGCUGCCUAAAGAGGUUUCCGGCCGAAGUCCUCGUUAAGGCCAAUCAAAAGGGCUGGAAAAUGAGAGGGUGGCUGAGUGAGGUGGACGUAGAGAGACCGGAUGUUUUUUCCCGCGCGUCACCGUCCCUGUUGAUCUGUGACUCCAUGCGCGCCCAUCUCACAGCCGCUGUGAAAAACCAAGGGCAACUAAGACUGGGGGGCAACGCCAAGCGAGUUACGCCACCAUACGUCAAUGGAUUGCGGAUGCCUGGGCCGAGGUAUCCGCUUGGACCGUUGUCCGAGCUUUCGUGAAAACCGGCACCAUUGCUGAACAGCCCCCCGGCAACGAGACUGACUCCGACAAUGACCAGAGGGAACCCGGCGUGUUUGUUGGAGAACUUGCCCAGCUGUUCAUUUCGAACGUGGGCCCAGAGCAUCCCGGGCCGGGUGGAGUUCUUCUCCAGCGAGGGCUCGGACACGUCGGCGCCCGUCCCGGUGGUGCCGCUGACCGGCGUGGACGACUCGUACCCGCCUCAGAAGAAAUCCUUCAUGAUGCUCAAGUACAUGCACGACCACUACCUGGACAAGUACGAGUGGUUCAUGCGGGCCGACGACGACGUCUACGUCAAAGGCGAGCGUCUGGAAAGCUUCCUGCGGGGCCUCAACAGCAGCGCGCCCGUCUUCCUGGGCCAGACGGGCAUGGGCGCCCGGGACGAGCUGGGCAAGUUGGCUCUGGAGCCCGGCGAGAACUUCUGCAUGGGCGGGCCCGGCGUCAUCAUGAGCCGAGAGGUUUUGCGCCGCGUGGUGCCGCACGUGCGCCAGUGUCUGCGGGAAAUGUACACCACCCACGAGGACGUGGAGGUGGGACGCUGCGUCCGACGCUUCGCCGGCGUCCAGUGCGUGUGGUCCUACGAGGUCAGUCGCUUGCAGCCCUUGGUGGGGAAAACUCAAACUGCGAGACAGUUCGCGGCUCAUUUUCAUAUCAUUUCAUCAAUAACGAUGCAGCAGCUGUUCUACGAGAACUACGAGCCCGACAAGAAAGGUUUCAUCCGCGAGCUGCGCAACAGCAAGAUCCACCGAGCCAUCACGCUGCACCCCAACAAGAACCCGGCCUACCAGUACCGGCUGCACGGCUACCUGCUGAGCCGGCGGAUGGCGGCGCUGCGCCACCGCACCGUGCGCCUCCACCGCGAGACGCUCCAGAUGGCCGUCCUGGGCGCCCCCGAGCCGGGCCGCGAGGAGCGGCGGCUGGGGGCGCCGCCCUCCUUCAUGAGGUUCCGCCCCGGGCGCCGCCGCGACGUGCUGGAGUGGGACUUCCUCAGCGCCAAGCACCUCUUCUCCGCCUGGGACGGCCAGCCGCCCCGCCGCGCCACCGACGCCGCGCAGCGCCGGGCCUUGGACGACAUCGUCAUGCAGGUGAUGGAGAUGAUCAACGCCAACGCCAAGACCCGCGGGCGCGUGAUCGACUUCAAGGAGAUCCAGUACGGCUACCGGCGGGUCAACCCGCUGUACGGCGCCGAGUACGUGCUGGACCUGCUCCUGCUCUACAAGAAGCACAAAGGCAAGACGCUGACGGUGCCCGUGCGCAGACACGCUUACCUGCAGCAGACCUUCAGCCGCAUCCAGUUCCGCGAGGAGCGGCCCACGGACGCCGCCGCCCUGGCGGCGCGCCUCAACCGCGACUCGGACUCGCUCUCUUUCCUUUCGCCCCUGAAGAUGCUGGUCCCGUUCAAGCUGGCGGCGCCGGCGGCCGCCCGCGAGGGUCCCGCCGAGGCCCGGGACCAGAAGGUCAACGUCCUGGUGCCGCUGUCGGGCCGCUACGACGCCUUCGCGCGCUUCAUGGCCAACUUCGAGCGCGUGUGCCUGAUCCCCAAGCAGAACGUCAAGCUCCUGGUUCUGCUGUUCAGCGCCGACAACACCACGGAGCGGGUCAAGCAGGUGGAGCUGAUGCGCGAGUACCACAUCAAGUACCCGCGAGCCGAGCUGGAGAUCAAGGCCGUCGCCGGCGCCUUCUCGCGUGCGCUGGCCCUGGAGGCGGGCUCGGCGCGCUUCUCCAACGAUUCGCUGCUGUUCUACUGCGACGUGGACCUGGUCUUCACCGGCGACUUCCUGCAGCGCUGCCGGGCCAACGCGGCGCCGGGCCGCUCCGCUUAUUUCCCGGUGGUCUUCAGCCAGUACGACCCGGAGGUGGUGUACGGCGGGAAGGCGGUCCCCGCCGGCGGCGGCAACCACUACGCCUUGACCGCCAAGACGGGCCUGUGGAGGAACUUCGGCUUCGGCGUGGCGUGCGCCCGCAAGGGCGACCUGGUCCGGGCCGGGGGCUUCGACACCUCCAUUCGGGGUUGGGGGCUGGAGGACGUGGACCUGUUCGACAAGCUGGUGCGCUCGGGGGCCGCGCUGUUCCGCAGCGCCGACCCGGGCAUCGUGCACGUGCACCACGCCGUCACCUGCGACCCCAACCUGGAGCUCAAGCAGUACAAAAUGUGCUUGGGCUCCAGGGCGUCGUCGCGGGGCUCCGCCCAGCAGCUGGCCCAGCUCUGGUUGGACAAGAACCGGGCCGGCGGCGCGCCUGCCAACGCCUCGCUCAGGACGGCCUGACGCCGGGUCUGGACCUAAUUGACUUUUUAAAAUGAGUUUUUUUUAAACGGGCUCCAGCUGGGCCCGUUGGCUCAGUUCUCGUGUACCUCAGCGUCGUGCGCCAUGUUUACAAACCGCACACACACACACACACACUGUUUGGAUUUGAGUUUACGGCGGUAUCGUGACACGAGUGGGCCCAUUUUUUUUUUUUUUUUUGCCAGCCCAAAUUUGACUUUCGAGCGAGCUUCAGAUACGCUGGCGUUGAAGUUGAACCCCCAAAAUUGGAGGUGGUGCGAUGCCCUCGGGCAAGGAGAGCCACCGAACAAAUCCGAAGACUCUCGAGAGGCUGCCGUAGGCCUCGACUGCGGCUGCUGAUGUCACUCGGUAGGCCGCGCCCCUUAAAGGCACACCUCCAAUACGAAUGUAGCAGUACGUACAGUUCUUGCGCUUUUUAAAAGCAGUUGAUUUCUUCACAGUCCGUUCGGGCCGCAACCGACGAUUAUUUAAUCAUCGAAUUUUAAAUUUCCAUCCCUUCAUCCAAAAGCAGGACAGGAUUUGAAAUUGACGCUGCAGAAAAUGAAAAGUAAAGGCAGAGGUUUGCUAAGCCGUCUGCUUUCAUGGAGGACUUGAGAAAUCGGAGAAGAUUUACUGCUGAAUUCGGAGCCUUGAAGUUAAACAAAGGUUGAAUCGUUCACGCAAAAAGUUUUUGGGCUUUUGACUUUCGGGUUUUCCACGUGAACGACGACGACACCUGCUGGAUUUGCCGACGUCUAAUUUAUUGAUUUUCUUUAGUCGAGUUGGACGAUUGUAACUACUUCCUGUCACCAAAGACCCGCCUCGUUCGCGCGAAAUGUUUUACGAAAAAUGCAAAGUAGCGUUUUGUUGCCGAGCCGGCGUCCGAGGUUCGGCCGGUCCUGCCAGGAAUUCGCAGUUGGCUCUUUGUUGUUGUUCCACGUGUGACAACUCAAAGACUGAAUGAUGUCAUUCUUGUUUUGUAUCAUCUUUGAUUUUAUUUUUAUCUUUCAACUUUGUCAAAAGUGGAAAGUUUUUCUAUUUAAAAAAUAAAGUGUGGGAUUUA